GCAGAAUCAGCUCAAUUCACUCCUAGAAGCACGUGCGGCAGCCAAAGUGUGUUGAACACACAAUUUGGAGGUGUGUUCGUGCAUGUGCGUGCGCAAUCCCUUGCUCUGCAAGCUUCAGUCAGUCCCAGGCAGUGAAGCAGAGAGGAUCCCCUCGCUGAGCUUCAAGCUAAUUCUUCCUUCUACUUUUCCAAGUUAUUUGAUUGACUUUUAAAUUGUUGCGGCCAAGUGGGAGAGCGCUCGCUAUAUGUUUUGUAAUGCUGAAGUGUGAGCGAAGGGAACCGGGGCGGCUGAAGAAGCCAAGGAGAAGGCACAUGGGAGAAGGACACGACUGAUGAUCUUUGCCGUCGAGAGCAAUGAAGAGGCUGAAACGGUUCUAAAAAGAAGGGGGGGAAAACACCGCUGAUAAUAUUUAUUGAAGUUUUUUUUAAAAAUCUGGAUAGGAGGUGGGAGACCACAAGCGAAGCCCUCCUCGCUGCCAAAAUGUUGCGUUUGACAGCUUUGAGUCUUCUUGGGUGGACUUUGUUCAUGAGCAAAGUGAGCACGACUGUUGAACUGGAUAUGGGGGGCUACUUGGUAGCGGCUCCCUCGGUGUUCCGAGCGGGCGUGGAGGAAAGCAUCAGCGUGACCAUCUUCAACGCCAAAGCCGAGACUCGUGUGCAGGUCCAGCUGUCCGUGAAGGGACAGGCGGUGGCCCACAGCCACGGUUCCGUGCUGGACAAAAGCACCAUUAAGCUGAAGGUUCCCUCGGGGUUGAGAGGUCAAGCCCACCUGAAGCUGUGGGGCAACCGUCACCUCGCAGAGGGGGGCUACAUCUUCCACAACCACACCACCGUCACGGUGGAGAGCAAGGGCACGGCUGUUUUCAUCCAGACCGACAAGCCCGUCUACAAGCCCAAACACAAAGUGCUCAUCAACGUCUACACGGUCACACCCGACCUGAGGCCGGUUAAUGACAAGAUUGAGGCAUACAUUUUGGACCCGAGGGGAUCCAGGAUGGUGCAGUGGAAAGGUCUCAAAUCAAUCUGCUGUGGGAUUGUCAACAUGAGUUUCCCUCUGUCUGACCAACCCGUGUUUGGAGAGUGGUUUAUCUUUGUGGAUGUGCAGGGCCACGCGUACAACAAAUCAUUUGAAGUGCAGAAAUAUGUUCUACCCAAGUUUGAGUUGACCAUCGAUCCGCCUCGCUACGUCCGAGAUCUGAACACAUGUGAGCAGGCCACUGUCCGGGCGAGGUACACGUUUGGAAAAGCCGUGUCGGGGAAGUUGAGUGUUAACAUGACGGUUAACGGAGUAGGAUACUAUCGUCACGAGAUGGGCCGUCCUGUCAUCAUGAACAUGGAGAUGAAAGGCUCGGCAAACUUCAGCGUUUGCGUCAAAGACAUGAUGCCCCCGGACGUGGCCGACCACUUCAGGGGCACCGUCAGCAUCUGGGCCACGCUCACCAGCACGGACGGAAGCAGGCAAACCACCUUUGACGAUUCCACAGCCGUCCAUAAGCAGCUGAUUGACGUUCGGUACUCCAAGGACACGCGUAAACAGUUCAAGCCGGGUCUGCCUUACAAAGGGAAGAUUGAGGUGACUUACCCUGACGGGAGCCCUGCUGAUGGUGUGAAGGUGCGCGUGAAGGCUGAGUUGUCCCCCAAAGACAACGUCUACACCAGUGAACUGAUCUCCAAGGACGGUCAGGCCACGUUUGAGAUCCCGUCCAUCCCCACCGCGGCCCAGUAUGUGUGGCUGGAGACAAAAGUGACAUCCAUCGAAGGCAAGGCAGUUGGAGACCAGUACCUGCCCAGCUACCUGUCCAUCAGCAGCUGGUACUCACCCAGCAGGUGUCACAUCCAAAUCCAGAGUCCCGGCGCCCCACUCAAGGUCGGCCAAGAGGUAGAAGUGGCGCUCAAAUCCACGUGUCCGUGUAACUUCACCUUGCACUACGAGGUGGCAUCCCGGGGGAACAUCAUCCUCUCCGGCCAGCAGCUCGCCAAUGUCACGACUUCUCAUCGGGAAAAACGAGCCACCGUCGUCACCUUUGAUAAAAAUAUUCACACCACUGACUCGCCUGUAUCUGCCUCAGGCUCUUCAGCAGAAACGGAGAUGGACAACUGCCUGUCGUAUCUGCGCUUCACCGUCACCCCCACCAUGGCGCCGCUCAGCCGUCUGCUCGUCUACUACGUGCGGGAGAACGGCGAGGGCGUCACGGACAGUCUUCAAAUCUCCGUCCAGCCCACCUUAGAGAACAAGGUGUCCGUCACUCUGUCCACCAAUCAGUCCAUGCCGGGUGACCCGGUGAGCGUGCGCGUCCGUGCCGACAGGGGCUCCUGUGUUUGUGUGGCCGCCGUGGAUAAAAGUCUUUACUUGUUGAAACCGGACUUUCAACUCACUCCAGACGAGGUGUUCAAGGAGCUUUCCGACUUUGACGUGUCCGACGCCUUUGGCGUUCAGAAAGACGACGGGCACUUUUGGUGGCCCGGCCUUUCGUCCAAAAGACGCCGACGUUCCUCGGUUUUCCCGUGGCACUGGGACAUCACCAAGGACGCCCGUUUUGCUUUCACAGAAACGGGGCUCGUCGUGAUGACGGACUGGGUGAGUUUGAACCACCGGCAGAGCGGCGGGAUGUACACCGACGAGGCCGUCCCCGCUUUUCAGCCGCACAGCGCCACCAUGGUGGCCGCCGUGCACUCCCGUCCGCCCUUCAGACCCGAGAAGCGUCGGCGAACAUUCUUCCCGGAGACGUGGCUGUGGCACUGCCUCAACGUCAGCGCCGAAACGGGCGAGGCAGAGCUGCGACUGGACGUGCCCGACUCCAUCACCACGUGGGUGACGGAAGCCGUCGGGUUGUCCAAAGACAAAGGGCUGGGCUUGUCCACCAGAGCGGAGCUUCGUACCUUCAAGCCUUUCUUCGUGGACUUCACGUUGCCUUACAGCUUGAUCCGAGGGGAGCAAACCAAAGUUCCCCUGACCGUCUACAACUAUCUGCCGACGUGUGCUGAGGUUCACAUUAAAGUGUCAGUACCAAAGGGCAUCAAGUUCAUUGGUCAUCCUGGAAAGCAUCACCUUACCAGGAAAAAGUGCGUGGCUCCCGGGGAGGCCACGCCCACCACCAUCGUGUUGGCUUUCAGCGAGCUGGGCCCGGCAAACAUCACAGCCCGAGCCAUCGCCUACAGUGAAACCAGCUGCUGUUCAGACUCACAACAGUCAGGCAAAACAGGAAAUGAUGUCGAGGAAAGAAGGUCACCCGCUGGCCUGGACUUUGUGCGUAGGACCGUCCUUGUGGAGCCAGAAGGCUUACCAAGAGAGUACACCUAUAGUGUCUUCUUCUGUCCCAACGAGAGAAUCCACAUUUCGACCCCCAACAAAUACGAGUAUCAAUACGUGAAAAAGCCGGCCAAGAUGAGCCAGUUCCAAGUGGCGGUGAAGACGCACAACGACGCCCAUUUGGCCCUAUCGCCCACCCCGCACGACAGCGCCGAGAUGAUCGAGAUCGUGCUGGGGGGUCGGCAGAACACCCGCUCCUGGAUUUCCUUGGGUAAGAUGGGCGAGGCGCUCGUCAGUGUCCCCACGCCGGAUAUCCUCUCCUGGGAUGAGUUCCGCAGCUUCUGGAUCGUCUGGAAGGGAGCUGUGGUCCAGGUGGGCCAUGGUCUACAUCCAUCCAAUUCAUCACUUAUCCUUGAGUGGUCCGGCACCAGCCCUUUACAGGUUCGACACAUCGGCUUCUCCACGGGAUGGGGCUCGGUCGGGGAAUUUAAGAUCUGGAGGAAGGAAGACUCUGAUGAGAACCACAACGAGGCUUUCACUCUUGGGGUCCCGCACAACAUGGUGCCGGGAUCUGAGCGCGCCUCGGCAUUUAUGAUCGGCGAUGUGAUGGGGCCAACGUUGAACAACCUGGACAAGCUUCUCCGACUGCCGUUCGGAUGCGGGGAGCAGAAUAUGAUCCAUUUCGCCCCCAAUGUCUUUGUGCUCAAGUACCUGCAGAAGACUCGGCAGCUCAGCGUUCAGGUGGAGAAUGAAGCCACCGAUUACCUCUUGCAAGGUUACCAGAGACAACUGACCUACAAACGUCAGGACGGCUCCUACAGUGCUUUCGGGGAGAGGGAUUCCUCAGGAAGUAUGUGGUUGACUGCGUUUGUGCUCAAGUCCUUCGCCCAGUCGCGGGCUUUCAUCUUCAUUGACCCUGAGGAGCUCCGAGCGGCCAAGUCGUGGCUCAUCAGGCAUCAGCGAGGCGACGGUUCCUUCCCGGCCAUGGGACGGAUUCUGAACAAAGACCUGCAGGGUGGCAUUCACGGGAAGAUCUCUCUGACGGCUUAUGUGGUGGCAGCACUUUUGGAGACGGGGAUAUCGACUGACGAAGAGAAGGUGGCAGUGGCCAAAGCCAAGGACUUCCUUGAGACCAACACCUACUCGGCGGACGACCCUUACACCACAGCCUUGUGCGCAUACGCCUUGGCUCUGCUCCGCAGCCCUUUUGCCCCCCUCUCCUUGCGCCGCCUCAACCACAUGGCCAUUAUGCAAGAUGGACUCACCCAUUGGAGCCUGACUGGAAGCACGAUGACGGACGAAGACACCUUCAUGGGCUUCAGCGGCGGUCUCUCCCAAUCAGUGGUGUCGGCAGAAGUGGAGAUGACGGCCUACGGUCUUCUCACCUACACCCUCCUCGGGGACGUGGCGUCAGCCCUGCCUGUCGUCAAAUGGCUCUCCCAGCAGCGAAAUGCUCUUGGUGGCUUCUCUUCUACACAGGACACGUGCGUGGCACUGCAAGCGUUGUCCGAGUACGCCAUCCUAUCCUACGUUGCGGGUGUCAACCUCACCAUCUCAUUGGCCUCCACCAACUUGGACUUCCAGGAGACUUUUGAACUCAACAAGGACAACAAGAAAGUCGUGCAAAGCGCCAAGAUUCCCAGCAUUCCUACGGGGCUUUUUGUCAGCGCCAAAGGAGAAGGCUGCUGUCUCAUGCAGAUUGACGUUUCUUACAACGUACCCGACCCGGUAUCUAAGCCGGCUUUCCAGCUCAAGGUUGACCUCAAGGAGGCUUUCCAAGGCCGCCAUUUCCAACCACCUCUUCCAUCUUCCUCGUCGUCCCGUCACCCCGCCUCGCGACCCCGCAGCCGCGCCGACAAUCGCUCGGAGCUCAACCGCAAGCGCCGGGCGCCCAUCGACGACGACGACCCGGCGGCUCACCAGGACAAAAUGGACUUCCAUAUCUCUUUGGAAGUGUGCGCCAGGUGGCUUCAUUCGGGCUCCUCUAACAUGGCCGUCAUCGAGGUCCCCAUGAUCUCCGGUUUCCGAGCAGAUGUGGAAAGUCUUGAGAGGCUGCUGAUGGACAAGCGUGUCGGUUUGAAGAGGUACGAGCUCAACGGCAGGAAAGUGUUGUUCUACUUUGAUGAGAUCCCCAGCCAGUGCAUGACGUGUGUGGCCUUCCAGGCAGUCAGGGAAUACAUUGUGGGCAAGACUGCGCCUGUUCCGGUCAAAAUCUACGACUACUAUGAACCAGCCUUCGAGGCCACCCGCUUCUACAACGUCAGCGAAAGCAGCCCGCUCGCCCGGGAACUGUGCGACGGCCCCACUUGCAACGAGGUGGAAAGUUCGUCCAACCACUGGACAGGUUUCGUGCAGGCGAACCAGUGCAACAACGUGUUCGGUUGCCUGGAGGAGGAGCAGUUUGAACGUUGCACGUGUUACCGCGACUGCGGCUACGACGGGGAGCCCGUCUGCGGCUCCGACGGACACGUUUACCAGAACCUGUGUCAGAUGGAGGUGUUUGCCUGCCGCAACGGAACACGCAUCAAGCAAGCCCCCGCGUCCCAGUGUCCUGACAUGGAGACCAAGGCAGAGGACAAGCAGCCAAUAGCAAGCCAGGAGACUGAACAACCCUCAGUGCCCAUACACACAGGUGAAGAGGAGCAGGGCUCCAUGGCCGACGUGUCUUACUACUCUUACGAUUACGACGCCAACUCCGAGCCUUUCCUGGCCGACGGCGAGUCGCGGGACCCCAGUUUCCACAUGGCCCGAGCUGACCCCGAUGCGGCGCAGAAGAGCCUCCUGCCCGCGGACGUCCAAAUCCCCACAGCCAACACAAGGAACAGUCCCGAACGAUGAAAUGCCGAGGUGAAGCCAUCCCUACGUCCACUUUGUACAUUAUUUGUGAAUAUACGAGCGAAUGGCAAGUGAAGAGAGAAGCCCCAAAGGAAACGUGAGCUUUGUGUGUGUGUGUAUAUAUAUAGUGUGUGUGUAUGUUUGCCCUCCUGCUCCUUGUAUCACCACAGCAUCUUUGUUAUUCACAGUAUUGCCUUUAUAAUCUCUAGAAUGACAAAAAAACAUAAUCAAGUAUUUAUAUAUAUAUUUUUUGUAAUUACAACCGACUUUAAGCUAUUGUUAUAUUUUCUAUCUGUGGUAUUUAUUUGGAGCUGGAGGUUUUAAUUAUCAUUAUUCCAGUCUGGGCCGCACACACCGUCGCAAUUGCUUAGCUCCGCCCCUUCCUGUCAAAUAUAUCCUUGGCGUAUUUUGACAGGAGCAUGAAUGAGAAUGGGUCUUUUAAUACAGUUACUACAAUUUAAACUGAGAAAUUGUGUGCCUAAAAUAUAAAAAAAAAUAAUACAAAUUCAGAACCAGCAGAGAUUUUUUGUAUCCUUUAGGACAAAGGUGGACUUAUAGGCACCAAGAGUCCCCGGCGGACUCAUGCACAUUUUUAAUUUUUCUCUCUCACAGCAGGAUACUCAGAGAUAACUUUCCUUCCUUUCCAUACGCUUGGAGAUUGGAUUGUACAGUUCAUAAGCUAUUUUAUGUGACAUUUUGAUUCAUGACGCAAUCAAAGAAAAAUGAAGUUUUUCCCCAAUUACUGUAAAUAUUCCAAAUUUGAUGAAUCAUAACCUGUAUUACAUAUUAAAUACUGAGAUUUUUAAAUAAAAUAUAAAAAAACAACAA